GUGCAAUUAAUUAAAAUGUGGAGGGUGGUAGUGUUGGUUUGUGCGUUUAUGGUGGCCGCCGGCGCCGGUCAGGAUAUUGAGGAAACCGAGUCGAAGGUGGUGACCAUCUCCCAAGGACAAGUCAGGGGAUUCAAAGCGGCCAACUAUGAUGUGUUCCAAUUCUUAAACAUCCCUUACGCCGUAGCGAUGACCGGCCCAGACAAGUUUAAGGCACCUAUGGCACCAGGACUAUGGAUGGGCGUUAUAGACGCAGUCGAUCGGCGGAUCAUAUGCCCUCAAAACAUAAACCCUAUCUUAGCCUUAUUCUUCGAUAUGAGAGAAGACUGUCUGGUCGCGAAUAUACACGUACCAAACACAAACGAAACUAACCUCCCAGUCCUGGUAUUAGUCCAUGGUGGAGCUUAUAAGGAAGGAGGAGGUGCAUUUGAGUUACCGAAUGGUUUAUCUAGCGACAAGAACAUUAUCGUCGUCACCUUCAAUUACCGCCUUGGAGUCCAUGGUUUCUUGUGUCUUGGCACGGAAGACGCCCCUGGGAAUGCUGGCAUGAAAGACCAGGUCGCACUGUUGCGGUGGGUUCAAAACAACAUUGACAGUUUUGGAGGCAAUCCAGGAGAUGUCACGAUAUCUGGCUGCAGCGCAGGUGGAUCCUCGGUGGACCUGCUCACUCUUUCUACUAUGACUGAAGGUCUAUUCCAAAAGGCUAUAGCUGAAAGUGGAUGCAGUCUAAAUACAUUUUCAACGCAAAUAGAUCCUCUAGAUAAUGCAUUAAUUCAUGCUCAAAAUCUUGGCUAUAAUGGAACCUUGAGUGGAUUAGGACAAUUCUACACAACUGCAGCCCUCAGUGAUUUGAUGGAUGAUUCAAUGCAUCCUUUCAGGCAUGGAUAUGUGCAUUUCCAGCCGUGUGUAGAGAGAAAUAUUGGGCAAGAAAGAUUUUUAGAAGAUGCGCCUGUAACUAUUUUGAAGAGCGGUAAUUUCAGCAAAAUUCCAUUAAUAUACGGAUAUGCUACGCAUGAAGGUCUGUUGAGUAUUUCAAACUUCAAUGAUGCAAUCAGUGUGAUGAAUGAUGAUUUUUCAUAUUAUUUGCCAUUUGACCUACAGUUUGAAAAUGAAACCCAUAAGUUGGAGGUAGCCAAUAAAGUAAAAGAAUUUUACUUCGGAACUGGAGAUAUAACCCAAAACUCGACUUUACAGUAUUUGGACUUUAUGACAGAUAGUGCGUUUCUAAGUGGUAUACUUAGAACUAUAUCGUUGCGAGUAGACGCCGGUCAAGACAAUAUUUAUUUAUACGAAUACUCUUUCACACACAACCAAUCAGUGACUAUACCGAAUACGGAUGGUAUGAAGGGCGCUGAUCACUGUGAUCAAUUGGAUAUUAUACUGGACCAUGACGAAUCUGUGAGCUUGUCGGAGGAAGCUGUUGAAAUGGCACAGACGAUGAGAGGGAGCAUAUAUGAUUUUAUUCGGACUGGGAACCCAACUCCAUCUGAUACAGUUUCUUCCUUACCGACAUGGCCGCCGGUGGGCGCCAACCAAUCUCCGCACUACUCCAUAGGAGACACCAUCCAAGUUGCCGGUAUCCCAGUUGAAAGCAGGGCCCUUUUGUGGGAUGGGCUUUAUGAGAGCUAUAGUGUUGUACCCCAACCACCCGCAGAAAUAGUUGAGGAUGAACCAACCGAAACACCCGAGGAUGAGCAAACGACUACAGAGACAGCCGAAGAUGAAGAAACCACUACGGAAACAGCAGAAGCUGAAGAAACUACUACAGAAACAGCUGAAGAAGAAGAAAUUACUACAGAAACAGCCGAAGAAGAAGAAACUACUACAGAAACAGCCGAAGAAGAAACGACUACAGAAGCAUAUGAGGAUGACGAAACAACUACAGAAGCAGGUGACGACUCAGAACCGACUACAGAAGGAUAUAACUCUGCUAACAAUCUCAUUUUUUCUCACCAGUUAUGGGUGUUGUACACGAUCGUUCUUUUAAUAACUUUUAAGUAGAUUAGUUUGUAAUGUUUUACUAAAUUGUGUGGACUGAACUUAGGUUCUCAAUAUUGAGUGACAUCUAGUGAAUAAGUAUUAUUUAUAAGCCAUUGAAGUGACAGUCAAGCCUUCAUGGAUAGAUCACCUAAACAAGACUGAGGACUUUUGAUUUAGGCUUGACAUUGAUAGCUAUUUAAUAAUAAUUGUAUUAAAUUAUUGUAUAAAUUAA